AUGCCUAAAUCCUCUAAAACUGAUGAAUCUCGCGUUUCCGAGGCCUGCAAAGCGGCCAAUGCCCUCAAAAAGCCGAAUAUAUCGCGCAUUGCACGCGAUUUCGGCGUUCCCUAUCAAACCCUCUAUCGACGCAUCCGUAAGGGUAGAACGUUGAUUUCAGGUCGAAAACCUACCAAUAUAGCCCUGACAGAUAAACAGGAACAGGCCUUAGUAGGCUGGGUUCUGUUUAUAGAGAGCGUAAAUAUACCUAUUGCGCCUGCUAUCUUAUCUCAUAAGACACAUAAAUUCAUACAAACUACCCUUGAUUAUAACAUUAUACCCUUCUGCUUUUAUGCUCAUUCAACAUAUAUUUGUCAACCGCUAGAUAGAAAGCCAUUUUUAGCACUGAAGCAGUAUUUUAAGAAACAAAAUAACUUGUAUACCUUCUGGUCUGGUAAGGUUGCAAAGAAAUCUGAAUUUUUGCGUAUCAUCUCUAAGGUUCGGGCUACUGCAUAG